AUGAAGUACUCUGCCGUUCUCCUCUUUGCCAUUGGCGCAUUCGCUAUUCCUCAAGACGCGUCUGUUACCUCCGCCCCUAAGACCCCUGCCGCCAUCCCGAGUGGUCUUUCUCCCGCCAUCAGCUGCGCCAUGUCGUGCGACGACAGCGAUGUGACCUGCAAGGCCGCAUGCCUGGGCAACGCACGACCCAACGCCUCCCAGGUUAUCGAUACCAACGAAUGUGUCGCCAAGUGCGAUCAGGGUGAUGGCUCUACUGAGGACUCCAUCGCCUACGCCAAGUGCGCAGACAGCUGCAUCAACAGCCUUUUUCCUAGCAGCCAGACCGCUUUCGGCGCUGGCGGUGCUGCGAACGCUGUUGCUUCCGGCUCUGCUGGUAGCGCUGCAAGUGCCGCUGCUUCAGCUACUGGUUCCGCCAACCCUACUGCUACCUCAGGAGGAUCUGCCUCUGCUUCUGGAUCCGAGUCUGGCUCUGCAGCUGAACCCGCUGCGACUGGUGCUGCUGACAAGGCUUCAGCUCGUCUCGCUGGUGCUGGUCUUGCUGGUCUUUUGGCUAUCUUCGCCUUGUAA